UGAGUGAGAGAGAGAGAGUGUGAUUUUCUUCUUCGUAUUUAUUUAAGGUGGAAUUGAGGAUGUAACUUCCUUCCAAAGUGUCAGGUGUGACGUCAGCGCAGUCACAGUGAGGCUGAUGCAGUAUUUCGGUAUUUUGAUGUAUUUUCUGACUAUGUCCAACACGUCCGUCCUCUCAGCUGUGAGCUUUAAUGUUUAUAAAAGUAUUUUUCUUGUUUUAGUAGAAAUCAACAACCUCGGGUCUGAUUGGUCAAAUUCCAUAUAAGGAACUUCCUGUUGGCAGCUCAGACAUCAUCGUGAGACCCGCAUGACUCCACGCGUGUCCAUCUGGUAAACAUGGAUUUGUUUACUGCGGCAUCAUGUGAUCCUGAUCAACACGCGCGAGCACACACACACACACUCACACACUCAGUACAAGCAGCAAAGUAUACUUACACAACCAAAAGUAUAAGUAUUCAUGUUCGAUAUUAUUGUGUUAUGAUUAUCACUUUAUGUCACAUCCUGUUGGCUUGUUGAUUGGUUUCCCCUGAGGAUCAAUAAAGUUUAAUCACAAUCGAUGAUCAAUCGCCAUUCGACUGCUUAUUACUCCGUGUUGUUCCCCGCUCCUUCCGGCAGGGGGCGUAGUGACGUCAUGAAUGUCACGAGAGAAGAAGUCACGUCAGUCAGCAAAAAGACGUCAAAUGAAACCAGAAUCUCAGUGAACCUCCGGAGCGCAGGGCGGGGCGACGCCGCGCAGCAGCAGCAGCAGCAGCAGCAGCUUCAUCACCGACGCCGACCUCCUGCUCGUCUCCAGGCCGCGGCAUGGACGCCGGGGCCAGGCCCGUUUCCUCCGAACACAGCUGGUCCGGUUCGAGCGGUGGUCCACUCUGAGGAUUCGGACGACGAAGAUGAAGGUGUGGAGCUAGAGCUGCGCAGCGGAAACAAACCGUAGACCGAACCCGUCCGCGGAGCGUCGCGCUCCGAUGCAGCAGAGAAGUCGCCAUUGUUUGGAUGCGCAGCAGACUGGGAGCAGAAAGCCGGACUGUGGACGGACUGUUUGACACACACACGACAUGCUGUCGGUGCUUCUCCUCGCGCUGGGCCUGCUCAGCUCCGGCCAGAGCGUCUCGGCGUUCCAGGUGUCCGUAAACGAUGGCGGUCUGAUUGUGGCCACGCUGGAGCGCUCAGACCUGCAGGAGAACGUCACGGCGUACGCAGCUCAGUUCUCCGGAGAGCCUCAGCCGAUCCUGCUUCGGUUUGUCAACAGCAGCGAGCCUCUGCUGUUCAACACGUCGUUUCACGGUCUCUGCUACACUGUGGGACUGCUGGUCAAACUGGGACAGAGCUGGUCCCGGCCCAUCAAGACCACGUCUGUGCUCACAAAACCUCUUCCUGUCCACACGGCUCACAUAUCAGACUAUCAGGACUCUCCGGAGACCGGCGUGGUGUUUGAGAUCGAGCCUCCAGCUGGAAACGUCUUCAGCAGAGUCAACAUCAGCUACACGGAAGGACAAGAGCGACGCUCGAUGCUCUACAAAGAUUUCUACAAGGGGAAGACGGUGUUCAAGCACUGGUUACCGGGGACGUGUUACCGCAACAUCACCUUCCAGCUCAUCUCCGAGGCCACAGCCUACCAGACUGCACUGGUUUCACACAGCGACGUCACACACACUCCUCUGCACCACAGGACAGUCCCCUACCCCCCCCUCAACAUUUCCCAUAAGAUUGUCCACCUGAGCCAGAGGACGCUGCCAGGUGAAGCGUCCAGCGUCGUCGCUCCUGAGGGGCCCGAGGACAGCGGGCAAGCCUCCCGUCGCGCCCGGGACGUCCCACUGAUGGAGGAGCAGGAGGAGGAGGGCACCUCUGAGGAGGCGAUGGGAGCGUCCACCCAGGUUCCCUUCAAUCCAACGCACAACCUGACCGGCACGGACGCUGCAGACACCAACCAGACGACUCAGAGCUACUGGCUGGACCCGAGCGACUCGUCUCCUGCGGACAGGGAGGACGAGUUCGUCAACGCCGUGGUGUCAGAGUACGAGGACUCCAACGACCCGGGAUCGGCCAUGGGCCUCCCCUCUGAAGCCUCCGUCCUGCCCACAAAACUGCCCCCCAUCCUGCUGGAGCUGCGCUGGCAGCCGCCCAGACCGCCCACCAGCUACGACGGCUUCAACAUCUACAUCUACAGAGACGGUAACUCGACAGAAACGGCCACCGUGGAUGAAAACACUCAUGAGUUCUUCACCGAGUUAACAGAACCGGGGACGUACCGAGUCCAGGUCACCACCCUGAGUUCAUCUGGGGACUGCAAGGCCCGUGAGAGCACCGCAGACACCGGCUUCACCUUCUACCUGAGUCCUGGUGGGGAGCUGCUGGAGGAGCUCCGAGAGCGUCCGCAGGCUGUCAGCGUCAGACUGCUGGACUCCAGCACGGCCGCCGUUUCCUGGGCUCCGUCCCCCGAGAACCACAACGGCAGCCUGGUGUCGGUGGUCUCUACGACCUGCCUCAGACCGAGCCUGAGCCAGAGGAUGGAGAACACGUUCUGCAGCGAGGAAAACUCGACGAGUGACAUCAUCACUAACCUGACUCCCGGCGCCCAGUACAGGGUGGUGGUCUAUCACACCAACGGACCCCUGAUCAGUCCUCCGUCUGAGCCGGUCCUCAUCGAGAUCGAGCCCACAGGUGUGCGGGAGCUUUCUGUUUACCCUCUGAGUCCGACAGCCAUCAUCCUGAGCUGGCAGCGUCCGUAUCACGUCGCCUUCAGGAAGUACGUCCUGCAGACCUUCUUCUUCAACCCCGUCACUCUGGCCUCGGAGUGGACCACCUACUACGAGAUCGCCGCCACCGCCUCCGUCAUUGGCUCAGUGAGAGUGACGGAUCUGCUGCCGGCUUGGUAUUAUAACUUCCGUGUGUCGAUGGUGACGUGGGGCGAGCCUCUGCUCAGCUGCUGCGACAGCUCCACCGUCAGCUUCGUCACAGCUCCUGAAGCUCCUCACAUCUCCUCUGUGGAUUAUUCUCACGGCGUCCUGUACGUUCGCUGGACGUACGGCGAGCUCUUCAUCGACCUGUCGCACUCCAGGAUGCUGCACUGGCAGGUGGUGGCCAUCAGCAAGAAAGGACCAGAGAGGAGCUACUCCAUCGACGUGACUCGGAACGUGAUGCGGGCCAGCCUCCCCCUGCCUCCAGGAGACAUCUACAACCUGACUGUGACGGCCUGCACCGAGCGCAGCAGGAACACCUCAGUGCCAAACAUCAUCAAGCUGGAGCCGGCUCCGCCCCGAUCCGUGUACGCCGUCAACGCCACUCACUCGUCGGUGACUCUGCUGUGGACCGAGGACGGAGUGGUCGACUACUACCAGGUCCUCUGCAAGCCCAGCAGACCCAGCAAGGAGCUGAAGGCCCGCGAGCCUCAGACGGCCAGCUCCCACGUGGUGACGGUGUCUGGGUUGAUGCCCUCAUCCACCUACAACUGCACCGUCACCAGCUUCAGCUACAGCACACCCAGCAAGCCCGCGCACAUCACCAUCAGCACCGCCGCUAAAGAGAUGAACCCCAGCGUAGCAGCCAUCUCGGCUCUGGCCGUCCUCAGCAUCCUGCUCAUCAGCCUGCUUGUUCUGUUUCUGCUCGUCCUCCGCAAGAAGCACCUGCAGAUGACCAGAGAGUGCGGCGCUGAGACGUUCGUCAAUUUCGCUUCCUUCGAACGAGAUGGAAAGCUUCCUUACAACUGGAGCAAGACAGCUUUAAAGAAGCGGAAGCUAACAAGUCCCGUGCAGCUGGACGACUUUGACGCGUACUUCAAAGAAAUGAGCAAAGACUCGGCCUACAAGUUCUCCCUGCAGUUUGAGGAGCUGAAGAGUGUUGGUCUGGAUCUUUCCCAUGAUGCAGCAGACCUGCCCAUCAACAGGCCGAAGAACAGAUACACCAACAUCCUCCCCUAUGACUUCAGUCGGGUGAAGUUGAUCUCGAUGCACAACGACGAAGGUUCAGACUACAUCAACGCCAACUACAUACCUGGCUACAAACACUCUAAAGAGUACAUCGCCACUCAGGGGCCGCUGCCUGAAACUCGCAACGACUUCUGGAAGAUGGUUCUGCAGCAGAAAUCUCCCAUCAUCGUCAUGCUCACACAGUGUAACGAACGACGGAGGGUAAAGUGUGAUCACUACUGGCCAUUCACAGAUAAACCUGUGAUGUACGGGGAGAUCAGCGUGGAGAUGCUCUCUGAAUCGGAGGCUCCAGAGUGGACCAUCAGGAAGUUCAGACUGGGAUAUGCUGAUGAGACACAGGAUGUCCUCCACCUGAACUACACCUCGUGGCCAGAUCACGGCGUCCCCACGGUCAACGCCAUCGAAAGCAUCCUGCAGUUCGUCCACAUCGUCCGUCAGCAGGCCAACAGGACCAAAGACCCCAUAAUAGUCCACUGCAGUGCUGGAGUCGGCAGGACGGGGACCUUCAUCGCUCUGGAUCGUCUCAUGCAGCACAUCAGAGAACACGAGUUCGCAGAUAUCCUGGGGAUGGUGUCUGAGAUGCGUUCACACCGUCUGUCCAUGGUCCAGACUGAGGAGCAGUACGUCUUCAUCCAUCAGUGCGUCCUGUUGAUGUGGCAGAAGAAGAAGCAGCAGUCCAUCGCCUCUGAUGUCAUCUAUGAGAACGCCAGCAAGACAUAAUGAUGGAGGCUCCUCCAGACGUUGCGAACACACCCAAUCUCCAGUGCUUCAGGCAUCCAUUCUCUGCAGAAGAAGAUCCGCUUCAUCAUCAGUAUCAAAAAAACAAGACAGCAGAACAUCCUAAUGGCACAAGAAGGAAAAAAAGAAAUCAACAAAAAAAAAAAAACAGGUUUUUGUUUGAAUUGGUGUUAAAGCAUGGGAUGGAGUUUUGCCUUAAGGAGCCUUCACUGACCGACCAACACGCUGAACCACAACCCUGCCCCCUGAACUGGACUGACCGAGGUGGGAGGAGCCGGAGGAGUUGAGAUUGUCUGUCCUCGUUCAGAUGACGUGCGAGUCGGCGGGACUGAGCAGUUUUUCAUUUGUUUUCUUAAUCUCAGGAGUAGCUGAAAAACCAGCAAGCACACGGGCCUCUUCCUCCGCCUCGACAGUAACUCAUCACUCGUUACAUUUCUGCAUCGUUAAUCAUGUUCACCUCUGCGCAGCGUGCAGCUUUCCUGGCUUUUGUGGCGCAGUAGAAACGAAACGUGACACACUGCCAAACACGAGACUGUAACGUGAUCAUCGAAACAUGCCAACUGACUGCCAGGACCGCUGCACAUCGCCGUCACCGGAAGAACCCAGCAAGCAUUGGACAAAAGCGGACAUUCAACAAAAUGAGCACAAGAUGUUGCUUUCUGGCCUCUUGAACCUGAUUUUUAUUGUUUUUCGUACCUAAAGACAUUCACUGUGCUCAGAGACGCAUUCCGGACUGUAACGUUUCCGACCUGCUGAAGAUGCCAACGCUGUCAAACUUUGGUUAAGUUUUGCUGCAGUUGGAACAUUCCAGACAGCGUCGGGUUAAGGAAGCGUGUUUUGGUACUGAUUCCAGUAAAUGCUGCUCGAUUCCAUACAGUGUCCAGACUUCUUAUUCCAGCUGUGGAAUCGCACGUCGAAGGUCUGAAUGUUUGCUGAAGGGACCGGACUCCUUUCUGUGGAAACACGUGUGCCUCCUGCUGCCAUCCCGCCGUGCUGGGCGCGUUCGAGGCCAGUUUAGACGUUAGAGACUGUGGUUGUAGAGCUGUAGUUGGUAUUUGCACUGAGGCCUCGUGCUGCCUGACCUGCUGACAGAAGAAGGGAAGCGUUUCUGCUGCUACGUCUCGUCAUGUGCACCGUGGGCUCUUUGUGACGAAGGAUCUUGAUCUGAAGACGUAGAUUCACUUUAGACUAGCGCAGAGGUUUGUGAGCUCGUUGGCUGAGGAAACAAACAGCGGAGAAAUGGAUCACAUCAUAUAACGGACUCUUACUCGGAUAGUUUCCCUUUAUGUCGCUGCAUUUGGGACAUAACAGAAACAUAUCUCCAGGGCCAUCUCAAGCCUCUCUGGGGCCCCGGGCACAAUUUGAAUAUCUUUCUUCCAUCAAAUUAGCAACUUUUGAACCAUAAUUUAUGACAAUAAACUGCAAAUAUUGCCCAGAAACAUAAAGUUUAAAUGUAAAUCACACAAAAGGUGUUAACAUUUUAACUUCACAUGCUUUGCUUACAUCAUGACACCUCAAAAUUUGGUCUACCACCCCAAACACUAAACUUUGGUAGAGAGCCAUUUUGUUCUUUUAUUAAUCUCCAAGUUUUGGAUCAACUGCCAAAUGGUUUUUUAUUUUUUGAUUUAAACCCAUAGUUGAUGUUGCUUACUUGAAAAAUGUAGGAAAAAUACGGUAUUCAAAUACAGUUUUUUACCUAAAUGCCAACAAUUGGUAUUGUGCCCACAAACACCUGACAUAGACAGAACGUUUGAUAUAAAAUAAUUUCUUUCAUAUUGGAGAAUGUUGGUAUGAUACCUAACCUGGCGUUGCUAUAGUUUGUUACAAAAGGCCAUUGAACAUUAGCAUUAAAAACUGAAAAUUCACAUUUAAACGUUAUUUGGGCCGACAGCACAGCUCUGUACAGAAACUCAUCCUGUCCGCUUGUGCUCAGAUUUACAGUAAUUUAGUUCAUUUUCCAUUUUUCUACUCGACAUUUGACUUGAAGGGCAAACUCAAAUUAAUUUCUCACUUCAUUAAUGACUUUAGAGAAUGUCUAUUGAGCAGAGGGGUGGUCGGCCUCGUUCGCGUUGUACACGGGAUAUACAGGGUAUAGUCAAAAUACCCACACAGGGGACACACUGAAGGGCCAAAACUGAACAAACUUCUCAACUACGUGUUUUUAUCUUAAGAGGCAGCCUCAAACAUUUAAAUAGCCAGCAUAAUUAAAAUAUUUAGCCAGGAAAGGUUGCUGAAAUUGAUCUGUGUAUAUAAAAAGGUUUGUGGACACGUCAAUGUUGACUUGUAAAAUAAUCAGUCAUUGUGACCUUUUGGUUCAAACAAAAUUUCUAGUUUUAUGUCAAAAUUAGGUACAGCGCCUCAAAGUACCAAAUGGCUCCUCAAAAAUUUUUAUGACUGACAAUUUUUGUACAAUUCCCCAAAUGUUCAAGUUGAAUAAAAAGGAAAAGCUCUUUGCUAUUUUGACCACAUCCUGUACCCGGUUUGUUAAGAAGAGGAAGAAAGCAGCGAAUUUGUAAAAAGGCCGUUGGACACUUGAGUGGUGACUUGUAAACUGAUUCAGAGUCUUUGUUUGGUUCAGUCCCACUCCACCUGAAAGAGGUUACGUUAUCACUAGAUAUCCAAUGUACUGUACAUACUACUACUACUACUACUGCUUAACUGUUCUGUUUCUAGUCGUCAUUACAAAGUAAUUCUUGUGGGAUCGUUGCUUUAGAGGUUUGUUUUUGAAAACUUGUAUAUGUGAAUCAUCACCUGAGCCAGAAGUUCUCUCGUCGCCACCACAGUUCGGUUUCUUGACGUUCGGGCGCUUGGCUGGGCGGGAAACGUCGUGUGGACGUGGAGAAGUCAUCUGUGGCCGGAGAAACACACUUUGGCACAACUGUCAAAAGAUUUAGAAGAUAAAGACCAACGGACAGCCUGCAGACCACGUCCGAAAGCUCAGCACUGUACACUCUUACUCAGUUGUUCCUCUUGCUUCGUGUGUGUCCAGUCGAAACUGUGCGUCAUUGGUGCCAUUUUCUCGUGCAUUGUGUCACUUAAAAUUUGAGGGAUGAUGUCGUCACAGAGUUUUAAUGUGUGUGCGUGUUGGAACAAAAUAAAAUGUUGCAGUAA